UUUUUGUUCAACUACAUACGCGGAUAGGAUUUUUCCCCGUUCGCAUCAGUUUGUGUUGAACUAGGUGCCAAGGGCUACGGAACAAGGCAGCCUCGAAAAGUGACCAUCGCUACGCGCGUGUGUUUGAGAGCUAGGUGCAGUGGUGCGGGCUGCAGCAGCGUCCCGCGAAUUUUGGUGCUGAAAAAUCAACACCCACCCACCCACCAACUGCCCACAGAGUGUGACAGUGUGAAGGAACGCACCCUCCUGCAACGCAACGGCGGCAUGGACAAUCUGGACCAGCUCGCCGACGACGAGCUGCGGCUCCGGCUGGUACAGUACGGCUUUCCGAACCUUCCGGUCACGACGACCACGCGCAAAAUACUGAUCAAAAAGCUGCGCCACCAUAUCGACUCGGAGAAGCAGAAGCUGCGCCGGGAGUCCUCGAAAGCGGCCCGCUACAGCUCCGGCGAGGAGUCGGACACGAACGAUGGACGCAAAACGAUGACCGCCGCGGCGCAGCGGAAAGCGUACAACAGCGGCAGCAGCACGACGCGCAGUCAGCGAGCCACCGUGGCGGGUCCAGCGGGUGGAGGGGCCAGUGGCUCAAUGCCACCGCCACCACCGUCCACAAACCCGGUCCGGUCGAGUAUGACGCGCGUCCCAAUAAGCAUAUCAUCACCCUCAUCAUCGUCGGCAUCGUCGCCAGCAACUACUGCACCACUCAGUGUAAGCAGCAACAGUUAUGCCACCGCGAAUGGUGCCGGGUCGAAUAAUCAUCAUCGUAGUAGCAGUAAGCCUUCGUCGCCACCAGGCGCCAGCUCAAUCUACAUCUCACCGCUCAUCGUGCACGACAGUGAGGAGGAGGACUACUUGCCUCCGGUACGCGCCGGAAUAGGCGGUGGUGGUGGAGGCGGAGGGGGAACUGCUUCAUUACGAAGCUUUGGCAGCCUAUCGUCGACGCCUACUUCGCACAGUUCGCUGUUCCGCAAGUCGGCACUGUCGGGGGGCAACAUUACACCACCGUCGGCCAACAGCAGCAUGUACAGCAAUAUCGGUGGCGUCGGCGGGGACAAUAAUAGCAGCAGCGGGGGCAGCCCUACGCUCAACGAUUCGAACGGAUCGAACGGUGCCAGUACGGGUGAUUCGCCGUACGUCAGCGAGUACACGAAGCGACUGAUGCAGUUGCGCGGGGAAACGGUUUCGCAAGAGAAUUACAACAGUGCCAUCGGGGGCAUGAUUGGACGUCGGAGCGUGGGUGCCAACAGCAUGCCAUCCGCUUCGCGAUACAGUGCCACUGCCGCCGCCGCCGCCCCUUCCAGCAGCCAUCUGCACUCGUUGCGGACGAACCAUCAUCAGCAACCGUCGUCGAUCGGUGGUGGUGGUGGUGGUGCGGGAGGAUUGCUUCACCAUCCCAUGCGCUCUAGCCAUCCUCACCUGCUGAACAGUAAGGGAGGAGCGCUGGGAGGAGGUUCGUCGCCAUCACCGCUCGGAAACGCGGGUACGAUCAUCGCGGGCAAUCACAUCCGCCAGCGAUACAGCCGGCUGUCGGGGAUGAACGAGUUCAACGAGAACGACAUCGUGACGCACGCACAACCGUCCCCGGAACCACCCAGCAUCCCGUUCCGCGUGAAGCUGGGCAAUUUCAUCACCCGGCUCGACGAACACUACGGUUUCAAGCAAACGUUCAUCCCCUGCGCCCUGCUCUGCCUACUGGUAGUGUUUCUCUGCUCGGUCGCGUUCAUGUACAUGACCAUCAGUACCGAUCUGGCCAGCACGCUGAGUUCGAUCAACACGCGGUACGAGUUGUGCGACGGUGAUGUGCACGGACUGGCCGCCACUGGGUGCGUUCAUGCGGCAGAUGUCGAGCCGGCCCUGGAGCUGUUGAAACUGAUCGGAACCGAACUGAAGGCACGCGUUGAGCAGCACCACUGUCGUCGGGAAGGUGACGCACCGCCCGUGUCCGGCCUGAUGUCUGCCGGCAAGGUGCUCAAGUACGCAAAAGAACACUCCCCGUCCGUGCUGAUACCGCAGCUUACGCGACACCUGCACGCGAUGGAGUAUCUGAUCGAUCGGAACCCGCAGUGGCACAUCAAUCACUGCGACGCGAACGGUGAACCGAUCACGUACGACGGUGUGCUAGAGCGGCGUGCCACCCGCUCGAACCACUUUACCAUCCUGAAGCCGAAGCUGCCCUUCACCUGCAUGAUUUACAACAAGUUCCAAAAGUUCUUCGUCAUCGUGGGCGGACUGGCGCUGGCCACGAUCGUCACGCUCGCUCUGAACUACUUCAUCAAGUUCGUGCUGCACGUGAAGCAGAAGCGUCGCGAUCAGGUCAACCGGCUGAUUAGUGAGAUUAUCCAUGCCGUCAGCCAGGCGGCGGCCAAUGCCUCCGAUGCGGCGGCCAACAAGGAUACGACGGACGGCGGUGCGCAGCAGGCUGGCAUAGUGAUUAACCACCUGCGGGACCGGCUACUGGGCAUGACCAACCGGCGCAAGCUCGCCUGGGCGUGGAACGAAGCGCUCGACUUUCUGGAGCAGCACGAAAGCCGUAUCGCCUUCGAGGUGGCGUCGAUCGCAGGCGAAGACUUUCGGGUGAUGCGCUGGAUCGACACUGCCCCGUUGGCCAGCAGUGGGAUGGCUAUAGGAAGAGGUGGAGGAGCGUCAUCAGGCGGAGUGUCCCGGCUCGGGGGCGGUUCCGCCGGCAGCUCAACGGCCAAGAAAUGGCAAAGCCCGGCGUUUGACAAUAGCAACAAGAUACACGACCCUCCGACACCCUGUCUCAAGAUCCGCCAGAUGUUCGACAAGUAUGAGGUGAACGACCCGAACCUGAAGACGAUCGUACAGGACGCAAUUCUGGAGAAGGUGGGCGGCCGGUGCAAGAUCUACGAUAUCCAGCUGGACCGCAGCAGCUGCUGCGUGUACGUCCGGUGUGCCUCGGCGAAGGAUGCCGGCAUCGUGCACGACGAAAUCAAUGGCUGGUGGUUCGACAAUCGGCUCGUGUCGAUCAAGUUCCUGCGGCUCGAGCGAUACCUGCAGCGGUUCCCGCGCUCACUGGCCGGACCCGCCUGUCUGAAGCCCUCGAACAAGAACAACUCAUCGAUGAGCCAUCAGCUGGCGCUCAACAACAACAACAACAACGGUGGUCCGGCUGGCCGUCACGCGGGCAGCAGAGCGGAACAUGACGGCGAAACCGAUCCGGAAGACUACGACGAUGGGGAAGGAGAGGAGGACGGGGAAGAGGAGGAAGAAGACGAGGAGCUGAUUGCGGCGGCAGCAAGAGCUGGCAGCACCAACCGUGCUCCGGGCGGUGGCAGUGGACGUCGUUCCGGGGCAGCCAUUCGUCGUCGCGAUGAAUAUGAGGAAGAUGAUGAGUAAAAAGAAGGGAGAGAGAGAGAGAGUCCGUCCCAGGGAGCCCAGGGGCCGGGGCGGAUUGUCGAGUGAAGAGAUAUUAACCAUCACUAACACACACACAAACACACAAACACACACAAAGCAACAAAAUGCGCGUACGGAUUUGAAGCAAACUCACUCAUAACAGCAUCAACAUCAUCAUCAACGAUCACGAUCACGAGAAAGCCGCUCGCGCCUAGGCAUCUAUGUUAAAGGAUCGAUGUUUUCUUUUUGCCAUUUAUUAUAUCAUUUAUUGCCCUUUCCCGUUCCCGUGCGUCAAAAUUCCUUUUUUACCUGCUGGUUGAAGAGCCUUUCUUUUUCUUUUAACACUUACGGAGUUUCUUUAUAAUACUUAUUAUAGCGUGUGCGAACAGCAGCAGCGUGUCGCGCAACAAAAGCAACAGAUAAUAUUACUACUGUUUGGAUUGUUAUUUUUGAAAAUAAAAAUGUCCAAAUUUAGCGAAAAUCACAACAAAACACAACUACUUACAACCCAAUACAAUACAAUUGGAAAGGAAAAUGGAAGAAAAACGAGGGCACGCGGAGGGCUUUUGUUUUUUCGAUAGUGAUAAGGAAGGAAGGCGCUUUGUUAGGAAGGAGAAAAAGGGUAGGUUAGUUAAAGUGAAGCAUCAUUUGCACCAGGAAAAGGGAAACGAACACAGGCUAAUCUCAGCGAAUGGACAAGAGAAUGGGGGAAAGGUUUCGUUUUACUUCCUACGAGCUUAAUUACGGAAACAGCUGAGAAGGUAGAAAAGAAAUCACUGUGGCACGGUGGCAUACACUGUAAUAUGUACUUGAAUUUUGGCGCAAAGAGAGGAACGCAUGGCACAAGAUGACGGCGCGCUCUGUGUCUGUCCUUAAGCUUAAGUAUAGGACGGGGAAAAAUGGAAAACGGUAACGGAAGGAAGGAGAAGAAGACGAACGUUUUGUUGAUUAAUGAUUACAGAUUUAUAUACACAUAGACAAACACACGGACGGAAAGGUAUACAAAAUUAUAUGUUUUCUUUUGUGUUUGCAAGCUCUUAUAUAUAUACAUAGAUACAACUCCGUUCUGCUAGGUGUUGUUUUAAAAAAAAUGUAACGUAAUUACGAAAGUAUGCGGCAGAGGUGCGCAAACGAUCUAAAUCUAACGCGAAAACUAAACACUAAUGAACGAAGAGAAGAGCAUAGAAUAUUUAAGCGAACUUACACAAUGCACCACACAAACAUGCGUAAAGGGAUGUUUGGGAUUAGGCCCGCUUUAGUGCUAUAUUGAAGGGUAAUGAAACGUUUUUUUUUUUCUUACAAAAACCACAAACUAAAACAACUAAUCCCGCGUUCUGCAGUACACUUGAUUUCAAACUUGAUUUCGUGCAAUUUUCUUUUGGACUUGUUUUUUUUCUUCUUUUUGUUGUAAACGAUCAACCGAUCGAUCAACCGAGCUCAAGCCGAGUGGGACAGAAAGCGGAAGCGCACAAGGAAUGUAGUAUGUAUAGCAAAAACGGAUGUUAACACGCGUUGAUGAUGAGGGAUUGUUCGGACCACCGGAAAGACCGGACCGAAACGUAUCAUACAUGUUAAUGGAAGGUGCGCAGUGUGGGCCCAAACCCCGACAACCUUCCCAAAACCUUCGUGUUUCAUUGGAAAAGUGGAAAAAAAAACAUAAUAAAUCGAAACUAGUUUGUA